GCGGCGCGGGGCCGGUGGCGAAGGUCCGCGGCGGGAUCGGCGUCGCUGCGGCUGCUCACGAUCCCCGCCCGGCCGGCCGCCUUAGCAGAUCCACCUGCUCGGCGCGGCGGAAGGGGUGCGAAGCCCCGAGGGAGCGAGUCCUCGCGCGCGGCGGCGCGGCUGCUUGGCUCCGGGGACGGUAGGGCUCCGGGCUCUCCGGACCCGCCUGGCGUCCUCGCCUCCGGCGGGGCCGACCGGCCGCGGCGCCCGGGCAUGGCUUCGGCGGGCAGCGGCAUGGAGGAGGUGCGCGUGUCGGUGCUGACCCCGCUGAAGCUGGUCGGGCUGGUGUGCAUCUUCCUGGCGCUGUGUCUGGACCUGGGGGCCGUGCUGAGCCCCGCCUGGGUCACCGCCGACCACCAGUACUACCUGUCCCUCUGGGAGUCCUGCCGGAAGCCCGCCAGCUUGGACAUCUGGCACUGCGAGUCCACGCUCAGCAGCGAUUGGCAGAUUGCUACUCUGGCUUUACUUCUGGGCGGUGCUGCCAUCAUUCUCAUUGCAUUCCUGGUGGGCUUGAUUUCUAUCUGCGUGGGAUCUCGAAGGCGCUUCUACAGACCUGUUGCUGUCAUGCUUUUUGCAGCAGUUGUUCUACAGGUUUGCAGCCUGGUCCUUUACCCAAUCAAGUUCAUUGAAACUGUGAGCUUGAAAAUUUACCAUGAGUUCAAUUGGGGUUAUGGCCUGGCCUGGGGUGCAACUAUAUUUUCGUUUGGGGGUGCCAUCCUUUAUUGCCUGAACCCUAAGAACUACGAAGACUACUACUAGAACCAAUAGUCUCAAAUUUAAAAACAAACAACCAUUCAACAAAAGGAUUACGCCUGCAUCUUUUCUAACUCACUGUUUUCUAAAACACUUGUGGAGCAUCAAGCAGUUUACUUGAUUUAACGUCUUUUGCCUUUUGGCUGUCAACAUCAUAACCAGCUUUUACAUCCAUGUUAGGGACCUGCACAAGUUAAGAGAGCUGAUUAGACAUAGGCAAAUGCUGCAAACUUCCAAUACGUUCAUGUCAUUUUUCUUGACAAGUGAAGGGUCCUAAAUGCCAGCAAGCAUUGUGAGAAACUAGCUGGAGUGCAAAAUGCCUGAGUCUCCUAUUGCCUGCAGGGGAGCAGCUGGCAUAAGCAACAUUUAGAAGUUUCUUUACUCCCACAAGGAUUCCACUCAGAGUGCUUAUCACCUGCUUAGCCCACCCAUUGGCCCUCGGUUAUUUGAGAGAGCUCUUGAAAAGUGAACUGCCCUUAGGCAUUAAUGGGAGUUCUGAAUGUAACUGGUUAAUGGUACAUAUUCCAUCUUUAUGAAUACUCUUUUUAGUGGGAGAUUAUGCUCUGGCAAUCAGCAUCUCUCUGGGAAGGGAGUCAAGACUUAGAGACAUGUGCUUUUCAUUAUGUGGUUAGAAGUUGUGCCUCAGCCAUAUCUAGAAUGAGGAAAAUGGAGAGGCUCUACUUUCCCUAGGGCAACUAGAAAGAAAUAUGCAUGAGUUGCUUUUGUCCCAAUUGCCCUUUAAAUCAUUUACCAAACAUUACAGCAAAUAACUGUGCAUAUGUAACAGCUUAAAUAUUUUUAUAGAAGGUGAACCAUUAGUAUAAAUGAUAAUGAGCUGUUCCCUAGCCCUACACCAUGCAUUUGCCUAUUACACGUAAAAUUAAUGUUUGCUCUAGUGAAGUGAUUUGAACACUAACUUUGUACACGUUGUUAAGAGGCUUAGAUCGGUAUUCACGCUUACUUAAUGUACAAAAGCACAUAUACCUUAAAGCUUUUGCUCUACGUACUCUACUGUUUGACUGGAAAGUUGUAAUAGAAUUGUAUAGGAAGAAGAAUUGAAAUGGUGUUAAUCGGAAAAUGAUUCUUCUAUAAGCGCUGUAGUUGAAGAGAGUAGCAAUUAGGAUGAUCAUUUUGUUUAAAAUUCAUUAAAAUAGAACGCUGCUUUUUUCAAGUAUUUUAAAUGUCUUUAUGAAAAAGGAAUAGCAAUAGAUUUUUAUAAAUGUCUAAAUGUCUCAGUAGAGGAGUAGAAUUCAUCUGGUUAUUACCUGGUCCUCUGAAUUAACUCAUGGGCUAACUGAUUUGUGCACACAGCAAUGAUGGAUUUAUGUCAAGGGAAUCGUUUGCCGGCUGUUCAAAUGGAAGGAAAAAUCAAUAAUAGGGAAUAAGUUUGCAACUAUCUCACUAUGCAAACUUGUGAUAAUCCUAUUUAAUACACAAAUUUGGAUAGUUUAUUUAUAAACAUAUUUUUAUAUCACAUAUACAGUUCUAAUAUAAAACUUAUAAAUGGUAUUUUUGUUAACAAAGACACUAAAACAGUUAUGUCCUGGUUUUGGCCCUCUUGCAGAAAGAAGCACUGGAAAAAUCACUUAAAAUGUACCUAUGUUCUACUGUAUUGCAAAAUCCAUUAAGAGCAAGACCGCAUCAGUGGUAUUUAAUAAUUUGCUUUCCUUCCCAAAGCAGAGUUCUGCUUUCAGCUUGUCUUAGGAUCUGUUGCCAAAACAGCAGGAAAGAAAAACCUAUUUUAUUAUUCAAAUGCUUAAAAAAAAACUCUUGCCUUGUAAUUUUUCUAUAGAAUCACAAAGUAAACAAGAAGAACCAGGCUUAUUCUGAUUUUAGCAAUGAUAGAAGUGAUUAAAUGCAUGCUAGAGAGAAACCAUUAUAAAAGUAUAUGAUUCUAUAUAGAAUCAUAAUAAACUGUGAGUGGAAGUUUUCCAGAAGGAUACUAGUAUUACAGACUCUUUUGAAGCAAUUUUCUUGACAAAUAAGUAAAAUCUGGGCCAAACUGUCCUGCAGUUAAUUACCUAUUGUCAGAGCAGCAUGAGAAAUAGAUUUGUUGGAUAGAGAAUUUGGCUACUGAACACUCUAUUGUGAGAGAACCUCUUUAUUCUUGAAUAAUGGAAGAACAGUAUGUUGGUGCUGACAUCAAUGAGGCGCUUUUCUUAGUCCUAGUAGAGGAUACAGUGUGCUAUUAGACCAAUAUCACAUCUCAAGUUUUACCAAGUUUUCAUUCUCUGUCAAUAUGACAAGCUGGAAAAUGACAGAAUAUAUUAUAGGCUAAGGCACACACAUUUGCAGUUUACUGGAAAGUAGACUUAUUAUAUAACUUUUCCCUUUCCUGGUGAAGAGCCGUAUGCUAUAUGUCUACCAUCACUAAUAUUUGAAAGUGUUUUCAGUACUAACAAGCUCAGUACAACAUGAACGUUAUUGUUGCUCACCUGAAACACUGUUUUGUCUAUCAGAAUAAACACAAGUGAAUUUUCACAUACAUUAACAUAAUGUUUUUGCAGCUUGAGGUUUGUUGGAUGUUUUCUUACGAGCAAACCUGUUAACUACAAACCCACUGUCUAUCUUAGAGAGAUAUAUAUUCACAUACACAUACACACAUAUAGCAUAAAGUACUCAGCAGGGCUAGUUAUUUGGAUUUCUUGCACAACUGUUUAGCUUUUUGUAAGUUCAACAUGUAAAUUUUAAAGACAAAUAUAGAGAGACCUACGUGUUUGAAAUAUAAAUGAUAUAUAUGGAUUAGCAUGUACCUGUAUAUUAUUAAACAUGCAAUGAACUGACUGGUAAGUGAUGUCCAAUUGUAUGGCUAGCAAUGUAAUUUAUUCAGACUGUAUUUUUGUACAGAGCAGCGCACACUAACCUAUGCCUCUGUGUCCUCUUUAAUGCCUAAAACUGUGCCUAGAAACUUCAUCUGUCUUAAAAAAUAAAAUAUACUUCAUGCUGUUUAUGCUAUUAGUUUCUCUCUUGCUGUUCUAUAUUUAUUAUUUUUAAAUAUACAUGUUUACUACUUAAAUAUGAAUUCAUGGUAUUCUGAUUAUUUUUUGUAACAGUCCUCUGGGGGAACGUGUUUAUCACUCCAGUGGUUUUGAGUUUGCAGUUUCACAAUCGGUUCUUCAUUUCAUGGUUUUUGUAGCUGACAUGAAAUUAUCUACAUGGAAAAAAUAAAAAUAAAAGUGGUUUCACUGA